GAUUCGAAUCCUGAGGAGAAACAAUGGAAACGCCUGAAAAGAGAGAUACGCGUAUGGUCGCGUCUGAGCCAUGCCAACUUGGUUCCACUUCUGGGCUACGUGAAUGGUAUCCAUGGCCCUGGUUUUGUCUCUCCCUGGUAUUCAGAGAGGGACGCAAUCAGCUUCCUCAAAUACCAUCCCAGUGCUAACAGAAACAUGAUUUGCUCUGACGUAGCUUCAGGAUUGGAAUGUCUCCAUUCACAACUUCCCCCAAUUGUACAUGGUGAUAUCAAGGGGGUGAGUGUUUUCCUUGCUUACAGGCUGGCUGGGAUUCUGAGAUUGAGGUUAUUCAGCAAAAUAUUCUGAUCGCCUCGGACGGACGUGCCUGUAUCUGUGAUUUUGGCCUCUCGAGGAUCUUGGACAAUAAUCCCACAGGGUUCACAUUCACGACUGUUGGAAUGAGCCUUCGCUUCUCAGCUCCUG